AUGAGCUCCUCCUCUGCUCCUACAGCCGCGCUUACGCGCACCGACAUUCCAUCCACCUCCCUCUUCUCGCUAGCGGGCAAGCAGGCCAUCCUCACGGGUGCAACGCGAGGCAUCGGCAAAGGUUGCGCCGUGGCAUUAGCGGAAGCCGGAGCCAGCUGCUGCCUCGUCCUUCGUCCGCCCAGCUCGAGCAACGCAGACUCGCCAACCGGAACGCACUCGCACUCGCACUCGGACUCGCCGCAGCAGCAGCAGCAGCAGCAGCAGCACGAAGCGCUUCGCGAUCUGCCCACGGAUCAAGGUCAGAGACACUGUAUCGUGUAUGCGGAUCUGGCAGAUUCGCACAGCGUCAAGGGCGUCUUCGAAGCGGCGCUCAAGAAGGAUGAAGUGCGAGGAAAGGUGGAUAUUCUGGUCAAUGUGGGAGGCAUCCAGAGACGAAAUGAAGCCGUCGACUUUGCAGAGGAGCAGUGGGACGAGGUGAGCGGGUGGCGGUGGCGGUGGCGGUGGCGGUGGCGGUGGCGGUAGCGAGUGCGACGGGCGCGUGUCUUGCUCAGUGCGUGCAAAGCCCUGCUCUGCUCUGGCAGGUCAUCAAUGUCAACCUCAAGACGGUGUGGCUCCUCAGUCAACAAGCUGGAAAGCACUUUCUGUCUCGCCCAGGUGGCGGCAAAAUCAUCAACUUUGGCUCGCUGCUCACAUUUCAAGGCGGUAUCUGCGUGAGUGGCGGUGGCGCUUGGAGAAUUGGCAGCAAGGGUGUCUCUGCUCACGGAGAGGCCAAUCAUCAAAAUAGAUUCCAGCGUACGCUUCUUCCAAGGUGAGACCUUUGCUCCUCGAGUAGCCGGCCCACCCCCAUGUAUGCGCUCCUACCCUUCGCUCUCUCCCGCACGACAGGGAGCAGUGGGACAACUUACGAAGGCGCUAUCGAACGAGUGGGCAAAGCACAGUAUUCAGGUGAAUGCUAUCGCGUGAGUGUGCCCGCGAAGCAUGCACGUUUCAUCAAUCCCCACCCCGCAUCUCGACUGACAACGCUCCUGCUGACCGCUGCAGUCCAGGAUACAUUUCCACUGACAUGGUGAGAGGUGUGACACGUGCCGAUCGGCAAGUCACGUGCACGUGCACGCGCGCUCGCGCCCUGGCUCAUUUUGCCCCAGCAAUUCGCAAUCGCACUUGCACUUGCACUUGCACUUGCACUUGCUCUGCAGACGGAGAAGCUGCAACAGGAUCCUGUCAGGGAGAGGCAAAUCUCCGAGCGCAUUCCUGCGGGAAGGUGGGGCACUCCAAGAGACUUUGCAGGUCCGAUAGGUGAGAGAUGGUUGAUGAGAAGCGAUCGCAGUUCGAGUCAUUGA